UCCGGGCGGCUGUUGUCCCUGUUCGGCCGGGGGGCCGUCCUGAUGCGCGGCGCCGGCGGCACCAUCAACGACAUGUGGGACCGCGACUAUGACAGACAGGUUGUGAGGACAGCAAGUAGGCCCCUGGCAGCUGGAGAUAUAUCCACUUUUCAGUCCUUCGUUUUUCUUGGGGGACAGCUUAGCUUGGCACUUUGUGUGCUUCUGUGUCUGAAUUACUAUAGUAUUAUUCUGGGAGCAGCCUCCUUGUCUCUUGUGAUCACCUACCCUCUGAUGAAGAGAAUAACAUAUUGGCCACAGUUAGUUUUGGGACUUACAUUUAAUUGGGGAGCUCUUCUUGGCUGGUCUGCCAUCAAAGGGUCAUGUGAAUGGUCUGUUUGUUUGCCCUUGUACUUAGCUGGAGUGAUGUGGACUCUGGUAUAUGAUACCAUUUAUGCACAUCAGGAUAAGAGAGAUGACAUCAUUAUCGGUGUGAAGUCAACAGCAUUACAGUUCAAGGAGGAUACGAAACAGUGGCUCAGUGGCUUCAGCCUUGCAAUGCUCCUGAGUUUGUGCAUCACAGGAAUGAACUGUAACCAGACGUUCCCAUAUUACUCAGCUGUGGCUGCCGUAGGGGCUCACCUAGCACACCAGAUUUACACUUUGGACAUAGACAAACCUGAAGACUGUUGGAAGAAAUUUGCUUCAAAUCGUACUGUAGGACUUCUGCUCUUCACAGGGAUUGUGUUUGGAAAUCUGUGGAAACGAAAAGACUCAAAAAAUGUAGAAGAGCCUUUAGAAAGCAGGUAGUUGAAAUUACUGUAAAUUACUGAUGUUUUAGUCCAGAUAAAAUGUAAGUACUGUAAGAAGGAAAAAAAUUUUAACAU